AGGUAGGAAAAGCUAGAAAGCAAAGUGAGGUACUGAAAAAAUUGUCUAGUAAGCUUCUUUUUUUUUUUUUUGGUUUGUGAGGAGUUUUUUGAAGUGAAAGAGAGAUUAAAAAGGGAAUAUGGGGAGAGGUAGGGUUGAGCUGAAGAGGAUAGAGAACAAGAUCAACAGGCAAGUGACCUUCGCUAAACGAAGGAAUGGCCUUUUGAAGAAAGCUUACGAGCUUUCCGUUCUCUGCGAUGCUGAGGUCGCUCUGAUCAUCUUCUCCAAUAGGGGAAAGCUCUAUGAGUUCUGCAAUAGCUCCAGCAUGCUCAAAACGCUUGAGAGGUACCAAAAGUGCAACUACGGAGCACCAGAGCCAAAUGUAUCAGCAAGGGAGGCCUUGGAGUUGAGUAGUCAGCAGGAGUACUUGAAACUUAAAGCACGUUACGAAGCCCUCCAACGAUCCCAAAGGAAUCUCCUGGGUGAGGAUCUUGGCCCCCUAAACAGCAAGGAGCUUGAGUCACUGGAAAGGCAGCUUGAUAUGUCAUUGAAGCAUAUCAGAUCGACACGGACCCAGUACAUGCUGGAUCAGCUCACAGAUCUUCAAAGAAAGGAACACGCCCUUAAUGAAGCAAACAAUACACUGAAACAAAGGCUGCUGGGAGGAAAUCCAAUAAAUUCACUCCAAUGGAAUCUAAGUGCACAAGAUGUGGGCUACGGCAGACAACCAGUUCAGCCUCAGGGUGACACCUUCUUUCACCCCUUGGAGUGUGAACCCACAUUACAAAUUGGAUACCAGAAUGAUCCAAUAACAGCGGCGGCGGCGGCGGCGGCGGCAGCAGGGCCGAGUGUGAAUAAUUACAUGCCAGGAUGGUUGCCAUGUUAAGCAGUAGAGAACAACCAACCAGCCAUGGUAUGCAUAUUCCUCUCCUAGGAAUCCAUCCAAUCAGUUUGUUUUAGUUUUUUGUAUGUUUGUUUGACGAUUUGAACUUGUUAUGGUUUGGAUCUUUGGAAAACCAUGGACAAUUAUUAUAUUAAAACUCCGAAUCCUUGGAGAACUAUUUCUAUAA